UUAGAGAGAGAGAGAGAGAGAUGACAAAUGGGCAGAUAAAAAAUUUCAACUAAAAAAACAAAUGAUUGGAAAAUAAAAAAAUAGUAAUAAAAAGAAUACUACUACUGUAUUAGAUAGAGAGAGAGUGAAUUAUGAGUAUGAGUCAUUGAAAAGAAAAGGGUGGCAAUUAGUGCUUAGAGAAAGAGAGAGAGAGAUUGACAGGAGAGAGAAAGUUAGAGAGAGAAGUAAGACGAAGAACAAGAAGAAGGAAGAAGAAGAAGAAGGUGGUAUUAUGGUCUUUUGGUGAAACUGCCCUCGUCUAUGCUGUAUUGGGCAGUUUAGCUUAUCACACCAAGAUCUUGGAACUUAUCUUUUUUAUUUCUUUCUCUUUUCUCACUCUAAACAACAACCAACAACAAACGACAUCAAAACCAAACUACUUCUCAAUGUCGUUUUGAUCAUUCAUCUCAUAUAUAUGUACUUUUCUUUUUUUCUUUUAAAGAAAGCUUUUUUGUUCGAAACCCACCAAGUAUAAUAAUUCUGGGUUUUUUUUUUUGAAACCAAGUAGAGAUUACUACAGUACGUAGUGCUGAUUCUUUUCCGUUUGGUUCUCGAGAAAAUCGAAGAGGAGGAACAGAAAAAAAAUGUGGGAUCUUAAUGACUGUCCUGAUCAGAGACGAGACGACGAAUCCGAAGGAUGUUCAUCCCAGAAGACCUCCGUCGACGGAGACGACGAAAAGGGUAAACGGGUCGGAUCCGUUUCGAAUUCGAGCUCAUCGGCAGUCGUAAUCGAGGAUGGAUCGGACGAAGAGUACGGCAUCGGCGGCGGCCGAACCAUGAUGAAGAAACGUGGUAGCAAUAGCAAGAUAUUUGGGUUCUCAGUGACCCACAACGAGCUGGAAGAAGACUGCUCCAUGGAAACCGACAUACCACCCGUGACCCGAAACUUCUUUCCGGUUGAGGAAUCAGAAAUGGGAGCCUCCUCCAUCGUCGUCGGCGGAGGUGCCGAUGUGGGUGCUGGAAACAUAGUGGAUGGGUUCCCCCGGGCCGCCUGGGUCGGAGUGAAAUUUUGCCAGUCCGAUUCGCUAGGCCCAGGCCCAGGAAAGUCGUCGUCGAUGGAGGUGUCUCAGCCCAUGAAGAAGAGCCGCCGUGGGCCCAGGUCCAGAAGCUCUCAAUACCGGGGCGUUACCUUUUACCGGCGAACUGGUCGGUGGGAGUCCCAUAUAUGGGAUUGUGGAAAACAAGUUUAUCUGGGUGGUUUCGACACUGCACAUGCAGCUGCACGUGCAUAUGAUAGGGCUGCUAUUAAGUUCAGAGGAGUAGAGGCUGACAUAAAUUUCAGCCUGGAAGAUUACGAAGAAGACUUAAAACAGAUGAGCAAUUUAACAAAAGAAGAAUUUGUUCAUGUACUAAGGCGACAAAGCACAGGAUUCCCUAGAGGAAGCUCUAAAUAUAGAGGUGUUACUUUGCACAAGUGUGGAAGAUGGGAGGCUCGUAUGGGUCAGUUUUUGGGCAAAAAGUACGUGUAUUUAGGCUUGUUUGAUACCGAGAUUGAAGCUGCAAGGGCUUAUGAUAAAGCUGCAAUUAAGUGUAAUGGCAAAGACGCUGUUACAAAUUUUGAUCCAAGUAUUUAUGAGAGCGAGCUUAACUCACCUGAGAAUUCAUCACCUGGUAACAGUAGUAAUUUGACGGAUCAUAACUUGGAUUUGAGUCUGGGCAAUGCCAUAAUUUCGAAUAAUAAGCAAAACAAUUAUGUGACAACCUCUGCCACUCAUCACGGUCUUAUGGAUCAUCAACCUAAUUCGAUGCCUUUUGAAACUGAUUGGCGCAAUCCUGGUUUUAGGCCUAAGGUUAAUAGUGGUGAUACGAUGAGAAGAGAUGGGUACCAGUUGGAGAAUGAAACCAUGCAACUUCUAAGCCGAACUCAUCUUCAAUCUCCUGCUAAUUAUAAUAAUAAUAAUAAUAAUCAGAUCAUCAGAAGACCUGGAGUAGAUCAUCAUCAUCAUCGUAAUCCAAUCCAAAUUCAUCAUCCCAUAAAUUAUCAUCCAAAUCAUCAUCAACACCAUCAUAAUAAUGUUCAGUUUCCUAGCAGCAGCAAUGUGGGUGGCCGGAACAACAACCAUGGCAGUGGCAGUGGUGACCCAUUGAGUCCAAUGGCUAUUCAGUUAUUCCCUACCACUGCUUGCAACUGCUGCAGCAUCAUCAGGAUUCCCACCGCAGAUUAACCCUAGCGUCCUCUGAAUUUUGAGUACUGUUAUAUAUAUAUACACAUAAAUAUAUAUAUAUAACACUGGGAAAAGAAGAAGUAGAAGAAAAAAAUCUAAGUAUGAAUGGCUUCGAUCAAUUUCCAUUAUAUGAUCAAUUUUUAUUUUUUACCACCUACCCAUCAAAAAAUUUCUCUGUCCCAGCUAGCUUUAUAAUUAUAAUUACCUAUCUAUAUAUUGAUCAUAAUGAUGAUCACAUUCUUGGAAACCCUCUUCUUCAUUUUUAUCUGUUUUUGUAAGCUUGUAAAGAUCCAAUCUUUGCUUGGAGAUCUAUAACAAUCUUUUCUUUCUUUUAUUCACUGCUAACUAUCUUUUUCCCAGCCACCCAAAAAGAAAAUUGUUGGUCUUGGUCAAACUAACAAAAAUAUUGUAUGAAAUAUUGGACAAUAUAUAUAUAUAUUUAUAUCUGAUGAGUUCUGACUAAAAGUUACAGAUA